AUGAUCUGCGCCGGUUGCCAGCAGAAAACUCGGCGGGAUGAAGCGUUGAUUACCUGCACAUCCAAGCUAUGUACUCAAACCUUCCAUGCUGCCUGCGCGAAAGCAGAGCGCCUCACUACGGACCAGGUUAAUUCGUGGAUUUGUCCAGACUGUUCUGCAAAAUCUAGGAAGGGCGGUGACAAUUCGCUUACUCCGGUUCGGUCAACGACAGACUAUGUUACCUUAAAGAAGAAAAGUCAACCACGCACAGGUAUCUCUGCGAACGCUGCCGGCGCUCCGCUCCCUACCACCGCCGCCGCCGGCUCUGGUGCAGCCGCUGCGUCUGUUCCCGCCAACAUAAUCAGUGCCACAAAAACUGGCACCUCGAUCAACUCCGCACCUGCUCCAUCAGUUGCUACAGAAACUUCAAGCCCCGUUGCCGAGAUUCAGACGCUUUCCUUGGAAAUCAACCAGUUACGACAAAGUGCAUCUGAAAUGUGGAAUUCUUUAAAAAUUCAACUUGAAAGCAUUAGCCAGAAAAUCUCUAACUUCGACGCGAGAAUCAAAUCAUUGGAGUCAUUACAUACGGAAAAUAUUGAGUUGAGGGCUACAGUUCUGGAUUUACAACAACAGAUAAAUAAUCAAGCCCAGAUGCUCUUGAGAAACGAGGUUGAGAUUACGGGCAUUGAGGAGAUCUAA